AUGCUCCCAUCCGCCACUGAAUACUCCGUCAUCCUCCUCGGUCUCGACAACGCCGGCAAAACCACCUUCCACGAACAAGUCAAAGCCCUCUUCAACCCCGACCACCCCUCCCCGCGCCUCAAAACCGUCCCCACCGUCGGCCAAAAUGUCAGCACCAUCACCCUCCCCGACAUGUACCUCAAGAUCUGGGACGUCGGCGGCCAACUGAGUCUCCGCAAGCUCUGGCAGAGCUACUACUCGUCGUGCCACGCCAUCGUAUUCAUCGUUGACAGCACCGACAUUGGCGACGGCGACCUCGAUGACGGCGAGGACGACGAUGACGAGCGCGGCGAACGUGCCAUAUCGGGAAGGCUUGAAGAAUGUCGGCUUGUGCUGGAAGAUGUGCUGCAGAAUGAGGAGACGGAGGGCGUUCCGUUGUUGAUAUUGGCGAAUAAGCAGGAUAGGGAGGAUUGCGUGGAGGUGGUGAGGAUAAAAGAAGGAUUGGUGAAGAAGGUGUUUGAGGGGGAGAAGGCGUCGAGUAUUCGUGAUUCUAGGGUGCUUCCUGUUAGUGCGCUGACGGGGGCUGGUGUGAGGGAGGCUGUGGAUUGGUUAAGGUCGAGAGUGAAGUGGAAUAAGGAGUCGAGACCACCAGUCAUGAGGUGA